AUGUUUAGAAGGAUUCGCCGUAGAUUUUGUCGGCUCUAUGCAUGUCAAUGGCUAUUUGGAAUAAUAUACGUUCUCGUGAUAGCCCUGGUCGUUCGACACAACAGGCAGCAGUCGGUGCAGUUUUCAAAGAUUUUAAUUUCGAAAGACUGGCGAGCGACGGCAAGCAAAGCCCCCAGUGAGCGCACAGACAAUGAUGGGCGAGUAAAGGACUGGGAGGGAGUUAAACGGACCCCUGGAAAAAAUGAUGUAAGACACGACACCAUUGAGAAAAUGGAAGAUACACAGUCAGAUAUCAACGUAAUAGAAGACGAAAUUGCUAACAUUGACGCCAAUUCAAGAAUCAACAGAGGAAAUGUUAAUUUUCAUCUCUGGAGGGGACUGUGCUGUCCCAAAAUAAAUAGCUUAAGACAGUACCCCUUAUUUCCAACUCUACCUAAAGAACGUUUGUUUCGUCACACUAUCAACUCUGGUCCGUCGGGGACCUGGUACGGGCAAAGAAUAAUGGGAUUCGUGUAUCCUCCUAUCACUGGUAAUUACACUUUUCACUUAAUUGCACAUGUCUUCGCUGAACUAUGGCUUGGCAAGGAACAGAACGCGACGGAUGUUGAAUUGAUUGCAAAAGUUGCAAUAGAAAACAACAAACAUUCUUCAGCCAAGUCUAUAAGCCACACGUCCCGGAAAAUAUAUCUCGAGAGAGAAGGGAAGUAUUUCUUUGAUGUGCUUCACGUGAUGAAUGGAGGAAUGAUGAGUCGUGAUCACGUGAAUGUCACUUGGCUGGUUCCCAGCGGUCAUGCGUUUACCGAAAUUUCUGCUAAGUUUCUCUCACCCCUAUUACAGGAUGAUCCUUCUUUUUUUAAUCACAGAGAGUUGUCAGAACGCAGUGAUGUGCUACGAGCAUCCCCCAGCGUUAUUGACUCGGAAAUCAAUGAUGCUGACGCUGGGGAAGGCGAUGAGGAUUACGAAGGAAUAGAGAUACCUAGAAAACAAAAACUGUCAAAAAAAUUUACAUCGUAUUUUGGAGAGGAUUUUAACAUCGAAAAUCAUUACGACUCGAUGACUUUUGAUCAACUUCCGGAGGUAUCUCAGGAAAUACUAUCCAUUUUUCCGAGUUGCCCUUACGAACCAAAAUAUGUCCAAAAAAGGACUUUCAAACGUUUUGAAGGUAUUUGGAAAACACAUUUCAGCUCCGUAUUCCCAGAUGACGGCACGAAAGAGUUCAUAUGCAUUGGAAACAGACUGAAAAGAGACUGUCAUGGAAACAGUUUAAUUACUGCGGAUGAAGUACUAGAAAUUGUUCGGACUUUUAUAAAGACUAUUCAAGAAAAAUAUCCCAAGUAGGGUCAGAAUGUUUAGUUAUUUCACUUUUUUCUUAACUCAAAGAUAUCUUGGAGCAGUUUAAGAGCGCGCAAUUGUUUACGCCGUAAACAUGCAAGAAUUUGCGGAAUCUUGUCACCAAAAUUUUGCAAAUAUUGCAAAUUUGCAGCAAAUAUUGCACCUGCAAAUAUUUUGAGACAUUUAAAGAGCAAAACAUCGGGGCCCAGUUGUAUAAAGGGCGGAUAACGCCAUUAAGCGGAUAAGUGAUAGCAAAACGUAUGGGUUAUCCAACGGAUAGAGAUUUCUCUAGUGGACAGUGUUAUCCGAACUUCGAACAACCGGGGCUUGAAAAUUAAGCUUACCUAACCCAACAACUUACUCUAACUAAAUUUCAUAAAGCAGGUCUGUUCUUGGCAUUUCCUAGAUUCAACUUUUACCUCCUGACAUGGUGAACUAACCCGUAAAAAUUAUUUAGCAUAAAACAUAUGUUUAAAAUUUAUGCCUAGUUUAGUUAGUGUGCACUAUAUGAAAUUAAAAAUGACUGUCCUUUUCUUUAUGCCAGGAAAUAUGAUUUGAAGGCUAUCGUUAACGUCGAAAAAACCCAAGACAUCUCGCGUGGAAGUCGAUAUUUGCUCGAGCUCAUUUUCCGAGAAAGGGCUCGGGACAAGAUUGUAAAACUAUCUGGGUAUGUGUACAAAUUCAACAACAGUUCCAAACUUUGUAAGCCAGCAGGAAUUUCUUGGAAUAGGAACGUGACAGUAAAUGUAAUUCUGACCGUAAAGAACCAAGGAAACUGGGCCCAACACUUCAUUAACGAGAUUUCCCGGAUUUCAGAAGAGACGCGUGAAGAUCACGUGAACAUAAUAGUAGUGGAUUAUGGGAGUAAAGACAUCAAUAUAGAGGAGUCUUUGAGGCAGUGAGUAUUUGUACUUGGUCUUAACAUAUACGAAUUACAAUAGCAAAAUUAGUGUUUAGAAAAACUAUUAGGAAUUAGUUUAAUUAGACUAUGCUGUUGUUUAGAACUAUUUUGACAAGUAAAAAGCCUUAAAGGUUGCCAUGAUUUGUUGAAGAGCUAACUAUGAGUUAAGCAGGCCAUUUAUUUUUAAAUUCUGGAUUAGUCAAUCUACGAAUUAAGAACUCUUUAUAUUCCUAAGGUUUUAUCAAAUUUUUUUGUCAAGUUUAAGGAAUCUGUUUCAGCCGCUGUUCACAUCUGGCCUUGUUGUUGCCCUUAAAAACCAUUCUUGUAUUUGCAAGUCCCCAGAUACGCUCGUACAAGUCCAGUCUAAUGUGAGAGUGCGGCUUUCCCCCUCCGAUCAUAAUCAAGCUGCUUUGAAAUUCACAGAUAAAUCAGUGCAAAGUGUCUUCUCGCCUAUUGCAUUUUGGUGAAUCUCGCUGCUCUUAUUCAACAUUGCUAUCACUACUGGCAUUACCUUAUUCAGGAAAAUUCUGUUUUGUUUUUUCUUUCGACACAUUAGUAUUACCUUUGCGAUUUAAAAAACUGGUUUCGUUUAAGAACUCGUCAUUUGACCGCUAUACAAACCUCAAUUAUGCAUGUACAAUCUACUUUUCCUUGUUGUUGAAUUAUGAAUGUGUAUGUGUUUUUAAAAUUGUUUAUGAUUUUUCAAACAGAAGUUCGUUGACAAACUACAGAGUCCUGAAGCGCACUGGCGCGUUCCACAAAACAGAAGCCAUUCAGUCAGCGGUCAGCACCAUUACAGAUCCACACAGUAUUGUGCUGUUGUUUGAUCUUCAUCUUCUCACACCGAGCACAUUCUUUAGCGUUGUCAGAAAGGUGAGAAAAUGAAAUGGCUCAAUGGCCGACACGCAAGGAAGAUAUGAAAAGGUUUAAAACAAGACAAGAAUCGUUGAUAUCUUUUUUAAACGUGAACAAACUGCUACGGUCCUGUUUAAACAGAGAUGCUAAGGAAACUGUGACUGAUAUCAUUUGAUUUGGGUUUCACUGAAUAUUUGAUCCCAUUUAUUGCUCUUCUCUAAAAAAAACUCCGCUUCAGUUACGUCAUUGGUAUUGGAAGUGAAGCUUUACUUAAGGCUACAACGAAAACGUCAUUAUGAUGAAAUUAUAAAUUAUACGAAUAUUAUAGCUUCAAUCGUACCCUUAAGAGAUUUCCAAUGGUGCAACUAAGGGUAAAGGUUUCCAAAGUGCAAUUAACCCUUUUUUGCCUUUAGAUUUGAGUAUCUUUUAAGGAUUGGAUUACUGGCAUUCAAGGAGGGUUGGGCAGCAUUUUCCAGUAAGGCGUCGUAGGGGUGUGGGCUUUGGAUGUCCUAUGCUCGUGUCCCAUUGGCCUUUGGGAAGGUGUCAGAUUUACUUUCAUGUCCAUUUGGAACUGACACAAAACAUAUUGCAUCAUGCACUGUGUCAAUCUUGACUACCACAUUCUCUAAUGGUAAGAAAGCUCUUGAAUUCGCAGUCGAGCAUGUGCAAAGUGAACGGUAGUCAAAUAUAUAUAUAUAUAUAUAUAUAUAUAUAUAUAUAUAUAUAUAUAUAUAUAUAUAUAUAUAUAUAUAUAACGAUACGAAUUAAAAGAAAUUGAAUAAAAGCGCUCUUUUAUCCGCACAUGCGAAGCACACAGUAGAGGGAAGGAUGGCGUUCACCCCAGUCCUCUUCAGGUUAACCUUCUGUGGAAGACCGCUGACGAAGACAACACAAUCCAAAGGCUACUGGGAAACAUUUGGAUUUGGAAUAUUCAGUAAGAGACACUUUUCAACGUAAUUCGAUAUCAUAUCUAAAAAUGAGUGUUUUGAAAAAUCUACAAAAUCCGCCAAAAAUUUCACUUUAAACAAAUUUAAAUCGAGGUAAAUGUAUCCGUGAAAAAUUUGGGCGGUUGAUUCUGUCUUUGUCCACCAUAACCGAUUUCAAUUAAACUUUUCCUUACAAAAUAAAAAAAAGGUCACCCAUGGGGUUAUGAAAUAAUAAUUGCAUCAUAAUGAUAACAGUUACGAAGACGAGUACUCGCUUCUCCUUGCUGUACUGAACAAAAAAAUUAUUUGCUCAAUCGCAGGUAUCUUCAAGUCGGACUGGGACAGGUUUGGAGGGAUGAACGUCCAGGACUUCCGAGACAAAUGGGGCGGGGAAGAUUGGGAAAUGAUUGACAGAGUACUGGCUGUGGGGCUAGAAGUCGAGCGAUUGCGCUUGCCCGGGUUCUAUCACUUUUAUCACUCGAAAGAUGGAAUGUGGGACAAAAGCUCGUAAUUUAAAUGAAUUAUUAUAUAAACACCAAUGAAA